CACAGCCACUAAAGCAUGCACGGUUCCCGAAUCCGGCCCGCCAGCGGCCAGUCUUGGUUCAUUAUGACCAUGAACAAGUUACUUGCCCCUCUUUUUCCUCGUCGUCUACGCCCUGUCUCGGCAAUUGUCGGUCGCAACUGUUUGAAAAGAUGUGUAUCAAUGUCACCCGCAUUCAACCCUGACGAAUCACGGGAAGUCGAGGACUUUGGGACGUACAAUGUUAUCUUACCUGACGAACCAUUCGUGUGGGGUGUCUCCCAUAUCGCCCCGCGUCCAGUUCCAAAUCAUAUUGUUCGACCGGAAUAUGCGAUGCGGCAUGACCCCUCAAUGUCACCGGAGACAGACCAUAAAGAGCAGUACAAUGGAGACGGAAGAAUAAAACUGGGUAGCAUAGAUGAGAAACGCGUGCGAGCGGCUGCGACACUUGCUAAGAAUGUGCGCCAGUAUGCUGGCUCGCUCGUGCAGCCUGGUGUAACCACCAAUUCGAUAGACGCUGCAAUACACAACUAUAUAAUUGCGCAUGAAGCAUAUCCUUCACCACUACUAUACAAGGGCUUUCCCCGUUCUUGUUGCACCAGUGUUAAUAAUGUUGUUUCGCAUGGCAUACCAGAUGACCGACCUCUCGAGGACGGAGAUAUAGUUAACAUUGACGUAACAAUCUACCUCAACGGAUAUCACGGUGAUACUUCAUCUACCUUCCUCGUCGGAGAUGUUGAUGAACCUGGUCGAGACCUCGUGCAAAUGACAAACGCCGCACUCGAAGCUGGCAUUGACGCUUGCGGGCCUGGUAGACCGUUCAAUGGCAUUGGUAGGGCUAUUCAUGAAAUGGUCCGGAAUACCCGUCAUUCUGUCUGUCCUGCCUUCGCUGGGCACGGCAUAGGGACCGUUUUCCACCGACCCCCUUGGAUAUAUCACACUUUAAAUGAAGAACCUGGCGUAAUGCUUCCUGGCCACUGCUUUACCAUCGAGCCAUCUCUCGUUCAAGGUUCUAAUCCUAGCGUCUGGAUUUUUCCUGACGGCUGGACUGCAUCGACGGAGAAUUGUGCACGAAGCGCUCAAGCAGAGCAUAUGGUUCUCAUCACCGAGACUGGUGUAGAUCUUUUAACGCAGUAAUUACUAUAUUCGUCACAAGGAGAAACUGGCAACAUGAAACAUA